ACACGGAAAUACUUUCACUUGGUCUGGGCUGACAGCAAAGGAUAACGUUCUUACAAAGGGAAUCAUCAAAUUCUGAUUACAUCUAAUUCUAGGAUAGUGAGCGCCGAACGCAAAAUAAACAUGGAAGCUAUUGUGACAAAAAGCCUGGUGUUACUGAUGGUCACCUUCACCCUAACGCAGACAGUCCACAGUCAGGGAUUCCAUUUCAGUCAGAGCUGGCGACCAAAUGGCAAGCGAUCGCAAAUGAACAACAACGAAAUCAUGGGUAAAGUGCGACAAUGGGCAUCGCUUGGAAAUGUUGAGAAUAGUGGAAAAUGCGCCUUGACACCAGAAGGCGCUGGUGCUGUGAUGAAAAUAAUUCAGGAUGAGGUUCAGCGAAGUCGAAGCUUCUGCCGAAGUGAUGUCGCAAUCAUGUCAGCACUUUUCAACGUGGCUGGGACAGACAUCAAGAAAGACUAAUACCACAAAGUCUACGAGCGAGCUCAACCGGUCGCCCCCAAGCCAGAUAUCUGUCGCAUUCUGGUCUGCAGGUGAACUUCCCAUCAGUGAUUUCUGCCCGGGUCUGCAGGUGAUCCUUGAUCAAUUACAACAACGCCCCAAACCGCGGAUAUGUGACUUGAUACGAUAUCAAGGACAUUAGCAAUUGAUACCAUUUAUUUCUGAAGUGCUGUGCAGCUGCAAUGUCAUAAAACUCAUUUCAAAAGCUAUUUUUCAAGGAAGAAAACUGGCUCUCCGCCUUAAUUUUCGUCUACUCUGCAAAUUUCAUCGGAGAAUUGAUGUAGUCAAGCAUGGAGAUGAAAUCAUGUGACGUCUGUUGAUAUGGAGAUAAAGAUUUGAAAAUUUUACAAUACGAAGGUGAUUGUUCCAAGGAUCACAUGCUGUCGUCUUUUCGGUGACACUCAGUUUAAAUUGAAGAAAUUAGGAGCGUUUAGUUAUGCAGCAAGUAGCGUCAAACCCUCUAUUUUUGCACCCAUCUUCAAUGAUAUUGAGUGUCUGAAUGGUUUUAAGGACACAGCUGAAGUAAACUGUUGAUUAUUUCCGAAAAUUAAAGCUGACAGUAUUAGAAUUAGUCCUUGCUUAUAAAAGACUCUUGGGGGUUGUUCAAAUUGACUGACCUUGUUCGUCGAAUGCAAUUUAAGACUCAAUUUGAUCUCUUUGGAUAGAGUCUCUUGCGAUUGAGUGGCUAAACUUGGGGGUCAACAUUUGCUGAUUUUGAUAACAUGGCUGACCGGAUGUCAGAAACAUCGAACAUUUCAAAGACUGACUUGAAACAAAUGCUUCAAACGUUAGAAUGGAGAACGAGCGAUUUAACAUGUUUAUUAAGCAAUAUACCAAAAAACUUUUUUAGGCUUUUUAAGGGCAGUGUCAUUUUCUCAUGAAAUGGACAGUUAUCUAAAUCUCGCACAGGUGAUGCCGCUGUCUGAAAAUAAUCUACCUUAUAGAAUUGAAAAGAGAGUCUCCUUUGAAACGAAAGAGCUUUGGCAACAAAAUAACCGCAUGGUAUUUAGGACGCAUCAAUCUUGAUAACACGAUAUAAAGAAGUUAAAAAUGUGAUUGAAAAUUUAUGAAUCAAAUCACACUUUUUUGGUAAGUGAUUCAAGCUGAUGGCAUGACAACGGCUCCACACAUAGUGCGAAUCCAAAUCAACUGGUAUCAAAUAUUUAUUUUACUGAACUGUACCGUCUUUGCAAAGGUUGCCUCAGAAUGCUUUUUUGCCUGUAUAAGGAUUGGGUUUCUUUGCUUAUAAAAGCCAACUUGUGUUGCAUUGCUUUUUUCAAGUAUGGUACCACAGGUCAUCUUGCAGGAGGGUGUUUGCUUAUCAUAAAGGGCAUGAAUUAUGAUGAAAAACAUGUGAUCGUGUGUACCCUCUACGACUGCCAAUGCCCCUAAAGGACUAAUAUGUAAUUAUUCAUGAACAUCAAAGAAAACUAUGUAUGCUUAUACUGUAUCUUUAAUACGACAACAGGCUGCUAUUUUCCGCCGCCACUGACGACACAUAUACCAUAUGUUGCUUUAUGAUUUUGAAAGACAUAUAUACAUGUACAUGAUUUUCAUAUGAAUAAAUUCACUCAAUGAUAAGUUA